AUGAUAAGAUCAUUAAUAUCAAAACAAUCAACAAUAAGAUGUUGUUUAAAUAAUAGUCAUAGUAGUAGUAGCGUAUUUAGAUUUUCAAAUUUUAAUAAUGUUUUAAUAAAUAAUAAUAUUAUCUACAACAACAAUACUAUUAUAAAGAAUUACGAUAGUUUAUCUUUUAUCAAUAAAAGAUCAUAUUGUAAAAAGACUACCACAGAGAAUAUUGAUAUUUCUAAAAAAGUAGAAGAACAACAACCACAACAACAACCAAAUGAAAUAUUAGUAGAUUUAAAUAAACAACAAGAACAACCACAACAAACAACAGAGAAUAAAGAAAUUAAAGAAGGAGAACAACAACAACAAAAAGAACAAGAUAACAACAAUAACAAUGAGAAUAAAGAAGGUGAUGAACAGCAACAACAAGAACAACAAGGUGAAAAGAGAAAAGAAAGAACAUUCAAAGAAAAGUUGAUUUCCAAAUUAAAGUGGGGUUCAUUUUUCACGGUGUUGGGCGGUACCAUUACAUUCUUGUUCUACGAAUCACACUUGCGAUCAUCGCUUCCCUAUCGUAUGGCAAUGAGAGCUGUCAACGCUAGCGAUGAAACUCUAAAGUUGUUCGGUGGCAAGAUUCAACCGUUGUCUUGGACACAGUGUUUCGAACGACCGAUCAAGGGAUACGUCACCAUCAAGGAGGGUGGCACCGACUGCGAGGCAUACCUCGCCAUUCCGAUCGACAGAUACGUACCGCAGCCACUCAAAGAGGGCGAAGUACUCGUUGAGCUGCCCGAGGAGGAAGCACUCAAAGGUUUCGACGGUGGUGCACAACAAGGAUACAUAUACGCCACAUUCAUAAAGAGAUCAUCGUGGUUCUUUGAUUGGAAAAUUCACACUCUUGUAGUAGAUACCGACAACGAUCACUCGAUAACCGUAAUCGACAAGACAAUCUACAUGCCAAGUUUUAAAUGA